UCAGUGGUUCCACUUUGGCGACUCGUCGCCAUUACUAUUUGCUCGUCCUUACGGGGGUAUUCUUUGGACGAUUAAAAAAAUAAACGCGACAAUUUGCCCGUUCUCCAUUCACUGGAGAGCGGCUAACAACUUUUCUUUGGACUCGGUGCUCCCUUGCGAGGGAAACGCUCGGGUUUCUCGGGGUGUCGGCCCCGAAGCGUGAGCGCUCCUUUACUCCGUCGCCACCGCCUCGGUUCUUCCUGCACUGAGACGCCUGAUCCGUCUCUUUUUUUUCUCGGUUUGUUUUGCUCUCAAGAUGUCGCCGUAAUGGAGUCUCCGCGUGUGACAGAAAUGAGCCAGGGCCUUAGCCGCCUGACCCGCACUCGCAGCAGCCCGUUAUCCUCCCCCCGUUCCCCGUUUAAUGUUAGAGAGCUCGGACGCUCUCUGCCCGGAGUCCGGCCUCGUGCAUCCGCAAAGCAGCAGCGCCAACAUGGAGAAAACACCCAGCAGCAACGCCAGCAACAAGGGACCGCCUCGCUCUGGUUCGACCGGCCCAACUCCUGGCGAGUCUAAACCUAAAGCAGAUGCUAAAAAUGGUGGUGGGCCCAAGCGCUAUAACCGCAAGCGCGAGCCCGCCUUCCCCAAGAGUGACAAUUUCCUCGGCCCACGGCGCCCCAAUCCACAGAAAAGCAAGAAUUUCGACAAGAGACCCCCUCAGAGAGGAGGAGGGGGUAAUGGGAAGCAGUACAGCGGCACAGGUGGUGGUAGAAGAGAAGAGGUAGCAGAGGCUCGCCGGGCCGAGUUCAGCCCGGCUCAGUUUGCAGGACCCAAGAAGAUCAGUCUCAAUCACCUGCUCAACUUCACCUUUGAGCCGCGGGGCCUUGGAGGUGCUGCCGGUGGAGACGGCCACACCAGCUGGGGGCGCCGCAACAAGUGGGGCCACAAGCACAAGCCCUUCAAUAAGGAGCUCUUUCUGCAAGCCAACUGCCAGUUUGUGGUCUCUGAAGAUCAGGACUACAGCACACACUUCACUGACCCGGACACGCUGGUCAGCUGGGACUGUGUGCAGCAGGUGCGCAUCUACAGCCAUGAGGUGCCCUCAUGCCCCAUCUGCCUGUACCCGCCGUUGGCUGCCCACAUCACCCGCUGUGGCCACAUCUUCUGCUGGUCCUGCAUGCUGCACUACCUCUCCCUGAGCGACAAGAGCUGGUCCAAGUGCCCCAUCUGCUAUGAGGCCGUGCACGGCGGCGACCUCAAGAGUGUGGUUGCCAUGGAGACCCGGCAGUACCUGGUGGGUGACCUCAUCACCAUGCAGCUCAUGCGACGAGAGAAGGGUGCUUUGGUUGCACUGCCCAGCUCCCAGUGGGUGAAGCUGGAGGAGCCCAUUAAGCUGGGGGACGCACCGCUCAGCCCCUAUUCUAAGCUGCUGCUGGCGUCCCGCGAGCAGGUUCUGGGCUUGGUACGGGAGGAGCGGGUGGCGCUGCAGGCCCAGCUCUGCGUGGAGGACGAGCACGAGGCCCAGGCCUGCUUCAUCCAGGCCGCCCUGCAGCUGCUCCAGGAGCGUGAAGAGGCGCUGAGGAAGGCCAGCCCCCAGGAUGCCCUCAGCCUGGGCCGCCUGAGCUUGUGCAGCCCCCCCAGCCAAGAGGCAGAGCCGCCAGCCCAGCCUGGCAGUAAGAAGAACUCGUCUGUCCUGGCUGGAGAGGUGGGGCAGACUGGGGACGGUGGGGGACCCAAAGCGUCCCCCAGACUGCAAUGCCAGUCCUCGGAGGACACCCCUUCCAGCCCGAGCAAAAUGACACCCCCCCAAAACGUGGAGAAUGGGCCCUGCUACUACUUCUACCAGGCGGAAGACGGCCAGCAGCUGUUCCUGCACCCGGUGAACGUGCGCUGCCUGAUGCGCGAGUACGGCAGCCUGGAGGCCAGUCCCCAGUCCAUCACUGCUACGGUGGUGGAGAUCGAUGGCCACACCGUCACUGAGGAGGUACGCCGCCGUCAUCGCUACCUGUCCCACCUGCCACUCACCUGCGAGUUCAGCAUCUGUGAGCUGGCACUGCAGCCGCCAAUUCUGUCCAAAGAGACCCUGGACAUCUUCGCCGAUGAACUGGAGAAGCGACGGCGCAUGCGGCAGAAGAAAGCGAGGGAGGAGAAAAGGAGGGAGAGACGCAUUGAGAUGGAGGAGAACAAGAAACAGGGCAAAUACCCGGAGGUGCACAUCGGCCUUGAGAACCUGCAGCAGUUCCCGGCCUUCGGCUCGCCCUUCCAAAGUGGGGACCCUGUGCUGCCGGCCGACCUCUCCCUGGGACCGUCGGCCUCCCCCCUGAGCGGCAGCCCUGCCUCCGAUGGCGUCAUGUUUCCGUCCCUCAGUGGAUCCAGCCCGGCCCUGAGCAUCAGCAGUGUCGACGACGAUUCCCACUGCCUCUCCUUCGCUCAGAUGCUGAGAGACGGCAAAGCUCGAGCUGACCCUGGGUCCAAGACCGUCCCAAAGAAAGCAGAGACGAUGCUGGCCCCCCCAGCAGGCGACAGUGACGGGGAGAGUGACAGCUCGGACCGGGUCCCAGUGCCCAGCUUCCAGAACUCCUUCAGCCAGGCUUUCGAGGAGGCCCUCCUGCAGCUGGACCACGGCCGGGCCGGCCCGCCCGAGCACGUCCUCAUCCCUGCUGAGGAGAAGGGAGGAGGGAAGAAGAAGAAGAAGAAGCAGAAGCUCCUAUUCAGCACCUCCAUGGUCCACACCAAGUAGCCGACACUGAAGCAAACGUCUGCCACAUGCGAUCUUCCCACUCUUCUUAGCGUUUGACACAUUAAUCAGUCCCAGCCUUAAGCUCAGCUCAGUUUUGCCAAAGCAGUCAACACCCCACCCCCACCCC